AACCCUCUGCAACCGGUGAAUCGCUCGCUGAGAAAAACUUCGGCGAACUUUUCUGACCGGUCACUGAACUAUCCGGUUUCUCUCUAUUGUCGCGUUUCAACUACUUUCGUCGCUCUCUCUGACGAGACCACUCAUCCGCUCACUGAGACACUUCCCUUCCCUCUCUAGGGUUUCUCUGUUUUCUCUCUCUAUGCCAUGAAGCAAUCAACCGGCGCCCGCCGGUCACCGUCGCCGGGUUAUGAUCCUCGCUUUCCGCCGUUUCAGUCCCGUUCCGUUCGUCCCUCAACACCACCAUCGUUCUAUCCUCACCAACUUUACCACCAAAACCGACCUCAAAACCAGAAUAACCGCUACGGUCAACAGUUCCGUUCGGUGGCCCCCAACGUCUGCCCGGAGUGCGUCGUCCAACUUCGUGCCAGUACGGGCGAAUCGAGCAGGUCCGUAAAGAAGGACGUAGACGCGCUCUUUUCACAAUGCCAGUCCGACCAUGUGAGAGUUGUUUUUUCCUCCUCUGGCUCUGGUUCCGCCACGCUUUAUUUCCAGCAGUGGGCCGAGGCACUCUCUUCAUUGACCAAAUUCUGGGAGCUCCGACUGAGCGGUGACCAUGACCUUGCCCCAAGGCUUGUGUCAAGGGCGAUUGACCCCGAUGAGCUAAAAAAUAGGCUCAGAGCCUUAUUUGUUGAGCAUGUUAAGGGCAUAAUGGAUGGAGAGAUAGUUAAGAGGUGUCAAGCGAAAAUUCAGCUGAAAUCGGAUGAGAUAGCUGGGGUUUCCGCUCAGCUCAAGGAAAGAAACAAAAUUUGGAUAUGCAAUGAUUUGGUUCAAAAGAGGAAGGGUUUAUCUGCAGAGAGGGACUUAAUGGGGAAGAGAGUGAAGGAGUUUAAGGAAGCUAUGAGGUGUUUGUUGUAUUAUCUUGGAGAAGAGGACUGUGCGGGUGUUGACAUGGGCAGCGUUAAAGGUGUGCGGGUGCUCAAGUUAAAAGGGGAAUAUGAUUGGGAGCGGAUUUAUCAGUUAACUGCAAGAGAGUGUAGGAGGCUGGAGGAUGGUUUACCAAUUUAUGCUUACCGGCAGCAAAUUCUCUAUAGGAUCUAUGAAAAACAGACACUGGUAUUGAUUGGAGAAACUGGUUCAGGAAAGAGUACGCAAUUAGUUCAAUUCCUCGUUGACUCGGGUGUAGCUGCUGAGGAGUCCAUUGUCUGCACUCAGCCCCGCAAAAUUGCAGCCACCUCACUGACACAAAGGGUCAGAGAAGAAAGCAGUGGAUGUUACAAGGAUAAUUCAGUGAUGUGUUAUCCAACCUUUUCAUCUACUCAGCAGUUUGACUCCAAGGUAAUUUAUAUGACAGACCACUGCUUGUUGCAGCACUACAUGAAUAAUAGAGACUUAUCUGGGAUUUCAUGCAUAAUUAUUGAUGAGGCACAUGAAAGAAGCUUGAACACUGAUCUGGUAAUGGCAUUGGUUAGGGAUUUACUUUUCCAUAAACCCAAUCUAAGACUUGUAAUAAUGUCUGCAACAGCUAAUGCAAACCAGCUAGCAAACUACUUUUUUGGUUGUGAAAUUUUUUACGUGGUUGGGAGAAACUUUCCGGUGGAUGUUAGAUAUGUCCCUUGUGCCAUCGAGGAAUCUUCUUCUUCAAAGAUUGUUUCUUCAUAUGUUGUUGAUGUUGUGAACAUGGCUAAAGAGAUCCACAAAACUGAGAAAGAAGGGACUAUUCUGGCCUUUUUGACUUCUCAAGCAGAAGUUGAAUGGGCUUGUGAAAAAUUUGAAGCCCCCUCUGCAGUUGCGUUACCGUUGCAUGGGAAACUUUCUUCUGAAGAGCAAUUCCAAGUUUUCCAGAAAUUCCGUGGGAAAAGGAAAGUUAUUUUUGCUACUAAUCUUGCUGAGACUUCCAUUACGAUUCCGGGGGUCAAAUAUGUAAUUGAUUCUGGCAUGGUUAAAGAAAGCAAGUUUGACCCUAACACUGGCAUGAAUACUCUAAGAGUUUGCUGGAUCAGUCAGAGUUCUGCUGAACAAAGAGCUGGUCGUGCUGGGAGGACAGAACCUGGGAGAUGUUAUAGGCUGUAUAGAAAGUGUGAUUUUGAGUCAAUGCCAUCCAAUCAGGAACCUGAAAUUCGCCGUGUUCAUCUUGGUGUUGCUGUUCUGAGAAUCAUGGCCUUGGGUAUUAAGAAUGUACAGGAAUUUGAUUUUGUUGAUGCGCCUAGUACCAAAGCCAUUGAUAUGGCAAUUAAGAAUCUUGUUCAGUUGGGAGCCAUUGCACUGAACAAUGGUGUCUUUGAAUUAACAGAGGACGGCCGAUACAUGGUUAAAUUGGGCAUUGAGCCUCGUCUUGGUAGAUUAAUACUUAGUUGUGCUUGGCAUCGCUUGGCUAAAGAAGGUCUCAUUCUUGCUGCUGUCAUGGCAAAUUCCAGUAGUAUAUUCUGUAGAGUUGGUAAUGACGAGGAUAAGCUAAGAGCGGAUGGACUUAAGGUGCAAUUUUGCCAUCCAAGUGGUGACCUUUUCACUCUGCUUUCUGUAUAUAAGGAAUGGGAGGCUGUGGCGCCAGAAAGAAGAAAUAUUUGGUGUUGGGAUAACAGCAUUAAUGCAAAGUCCAUGCGGAGGUGCCAAGACACCGCUAAAGAACUGGAAUAUUGCCUUGAGAGAGAACUUGAUUUUAUUGUUCCGACAUACUGGCGUUGGAAUCCUAACAAGUCUUCUGAGCAUGAUGAGUGCUUAAAAAAGGUUAUACUCUCCGCCCUUGCAGAAAAUGUAGCUUUCUAUUCUGGAUCUGAUCAACUUGGUUAUGAAGUGGCAUUGAAUGGACAACAUGUGCAUCUCCAUCCUUCAUGUUCCUUGCGAAUUUUUGGUCAGAAGCCAACUUGGGUUGUAUUUGGUGAAGUCUUAUCAACAUCCGGUCAAUAUUUGGUCUGUGUAACUGCUUUUGACUUUGAAUAUUUCUCAACCCUGCACCCUCCUCCACUGUUCGAUGUCUGUAAGAUGGAAGGGCGGAAGUUGGAAGUAAAGGUAUUGACUGGUUUUGGUGCUACCCUCCUAAAAAAGUUCUGUGGCAAGUCGAACAAUAACCUGCUUUCUCUCAGGUCUCGUAUUCGGGCUGCCUGUAUGGAUGAACGAAUUUGUAUUGAAAUCAAUUUUGAUCAGAAUGAAAUCCAGUUAUUUGCCUCCAAAGAAAGCAUGGAGAAGGUUACUGUUAUUGUGGUUGAGGUCUUGGAAUGUGAGAAGAGGUGGUUGAGUAAUGAAUGCAUGGAGAAAUAUUUAUAUGAUGGGCAUGGUUUUUCUCCUGUGGCUCUCUUUGGAGCUGGGGGUGAGAUCAAGCACUUGGAGCUUGGGAAGAGUGCUUUGACUGUUGAUGUAUUUCAUCCAAGUGCAAAUAUGAUUGAUGAAAAAGUGCUUUUACUUUUCUUUGAGAAACAUACAUCCGGUAGAGUUUGUUCUGUCCACAAGACCUCAGGCAUUGGACAGGAGGGUGACGAAAAGGAAAAGUGGGGUAGGAUAACUUUUUUGUCUCCUGAUACUGCUGGAAAAGCCACUGAGCUGAAUGGAGUUGAGUUUAGUGGCUCCACACUUAAGGUACUUCCAGCCCCAACAAGUUCUGGAGGUAACCAUAGAAUGGCUGCAUUCCCUGCUAUUAAAGCAAAAAUAUAUUGGCCUCGUAAGCGCAGUAAGGGAUUUGGAGUUCUUAAAUGUCACUUGAAUGACAUCGGUUAUAUGCUUGAUGAUUUUGCUAACGUAGUGAUGGGAGGCAACUAUGUUCGGUGUGAAGUUAGCAAGAGAAAUGAUGACUGUGUUGUAAUUUAUGGAAUUGAUAAAGAACUUUCUGAAGCUGACAUCUUAGGUGUAUUGAGGACUGCUACUCAUAGGCGAAUCCUGGGUUUUUUUCUAGUGAGAGGGGAUGCUGUAGAAAAUCCACUGCACAGCACAUGUGAGGAAGCUCUCAUGAGAGAAAUAUCCUCUUUCAUGCCUAAAAGGAAUCUCUAUUCUAGCUGUUGCAGAGUUCAGGUCUUUCCUCCUGAACCAAAGGAUGCUUUUAUGAAAGCAUUGAUGGUCUUUGAUGGAAGAUUGCAUUUAGAGGCAGCAAAAGCUUUGGAGCACUUGGAAGGGAAGGUAUUGCCUGGGUGUCAUUCUUGGCAGAAACUGAAGUGCCAACAGUUGUUUUACAGCUCUAUAUCUUGUCCUGCAUAUGUGUAUUCUGUAAUCAAGAAGCAACUGGACACAGUACUUGCAAGCUUCAACUAUGUAAAAGGUGCAGAAUACUUCCUGGAGAAGACCGAAAGUGGUUCAUACCGAGUGAGAAUAUCAGCUAAUGCUACAAGAACUGUGGCAGAGCUAAGACGGCCUUUGGAAGAGCUUAUGAGGGGGAAGAUCAUCAAUGAUGCUAGCCUUAGUCCUUCCCUUAUACAGCAUUUGUUCUCCCGAGAUGGUUUCAAUCUUAUGAAACUGUUGCAGCGUGAGACUGGAACCUGCAUUUUGUUUGACAGACGUAGCCUUAAUGUACGGGUCUUUGGUUCUUCACAGAAUGUAGCCAAAGCCGAAGAGAAAUUGAUUCAAUCCCUUCUUACACACCAUGAAAGCAAGCAACUUGAAAUCCGUCUCCGAGGUGGAAAUCUGCCUCCUGACCUGAUGAAAGAAGUGGUUAAGAGGUUUGGUCCAGACCUCCGUGGACUUGAACAGAAGGUACCGGGGGUUGAGUUAACCCUUAACGUCUACCGCCAAGUCAUCUCCUUUCAUGGUGAGAGAGAGCUGAGGCCUAAAGUGGAAGAAAUAAUACAUGAGAUUGCACAGUCCAGUGUUGGUUCGGAUAGGAGCCUUGAUGGUGAAAAUGCUUGCCCCAUAUGCUUAUGCGAAGUUGAGGAUGGUCACAGGCUUGAAGGUUGUGGCCAUUCAGCAUGCCGACAGUGCUUGUUGGACCAGUUAGAUUCUGCCCUCAAAAACUUGGAUAGUUUCCCCAUAUGCUGUGCCUGUGAGGACUGUAAUAUUCCUAUUUUGCUAACAGAUUUGAAGUCUCUCUUGUCAAGUGAGAAGUUGGAGGAACUUUUCAGAGCUUCUUUGGGGGCAUUUGUGGCAACAAGCGGAGGUGCUUACAGGUUUUGCCCAUCGCCCGACUGCACCUCAGUUUAUCAAGUGGCGGAACCUGGAAUGGGUAGUGUGCCGUUCGUUUGUGGGGCAUGUUAUGCAGAGACCUGUACUAGGUGUCACUUGGAGUGUCAUCCAUCUGUGUCGUGUGAACUGUACCGGGAGUUCAAGGAAGAUCCCGAUUCGUCGCUGAAGGAGUGGUGCAGGGGAAAAAACAAUGUCAAGAGCUGUCCUGUUUGUGGGUAUACAAUUGAGAAAACAGAAGGGUGCAACCACGUAGAGUGUUUAUGUGGGAGGCACAUUUGCUGGGUCUGUCUAGAUUAUUAUCAUAGCAGUGAGGACUGCUAUGGCCAUUUGAGAUCCGUGCAUAUGACUUUUAUAUAAUUUCGAACUGUUUUAAGUCUAGUUUUUAGCUAUUAUCUGUAAAGGCUCGCUCGUAUUAUCCAUGUAAAUAUAUAGCCAGCUUCGUAUUUAGGCUAUACAUAGCCAUGUAAAAAGUGCCUUGUACAGUUUUAAAUAUCCAGUCCCUUCUCUCUCUA